AUGGCGAGACGUCGAACGCGGCCAACCACACCAGCGAACAGCCGCUUGGUUCUGCCACGAACUACGCCGACAUGUCCACCGAAGUCCUCCAUCUUCUCUUGGCCCAGCGAAACCUCUCUCUUUCUGGUUCGCGUGACGUUCUUUUACGCCGCCUUGCUGAUCACGACAGAACGGCAAUAUUCUCCAGCCUUAACACCAGCUCUACCACCACGUGAUCCGACUCCCAGUACGCCUCAAUUUUCCGCUGAAUCUCUCCGCUCGUUGGCAGUUAACCUCGCACCGUUGCUCCGCGACGUUUUGGCCCGCGACACGCCACCAUCGCCUCAACCACCGCUUCCACAACCAUCGCCAGCAGCGAGCCUUAUCGCGCAGUCCGCGCCAACACCCUCUUUCGAUCUGGGUAAUCCUUCCAGCGUUGCCACUUUAAUCUCGUCUUCGCCAGUUUACUCGUCAUCCACCUCAUUACCGUCAGAGACUCCCAGUCUGCCUAAGAAAGUCGAGGAACAGAUCGUUAACGGUCCGAAGGCGGCCGGUCAAGCAAUUUCCCCAACCGAGGAUUCUGCCGCAAUUUUAACGGGGGCCUCCCGUGCUCAGCAAACCCAUGUUCCUUCGAACAUCGGUGUAAUCGAUCCGGCUGUGGCGGACGGCAUGCGGCAUAUGAACACGCUGACACCAGCUCUGCGAGAACUGAUGACACUCCGCGUCGCAGAAAACACAAGUAAAGAGUUUGUUGAUAGAUUAAAACCAGUUACACCAAUUAACGUUAAUCUCCUGGAGUCCAUGCUAACUAACCACCCAGAUCGCGAAUUUGUUGUUGCCCUCUGUUCGGGUUUAAGGGCGGGUUUUAAAAUUGGGUAUAAGGGGCCCCGUCACCCCUUCGUUUCACCUAAUCUUAAAACGGCCCUUAUGUCGCCGGAAAUAGUGGAUGAAAACCUGCUCAACGAAGUCAAACAAGGCCACACAGUUGGCCCCUUCACUAGCCCUCCAUUUACAAACUUCCAAGUCUACCCCUUGGGCCUUGUCCCUAAGAAGAACUCAUCCAAAUGGAGAACCAUUUUUCACCUUUCCUAUCCAAAAUCAUCAACCACUAGCGUUAAUGCUAAUAUUUCAUCCGAAGAUUACUCUUUACAGUACGUCCGAAUUGACGACGCUAUGAGAAUCCUUCUUGAACUAGGCCCGAACUGUUUCAUGGCCAAAACCGAUGUUCAAUCCGCGUUCCGUAAUAUCCCAGUUCACCCCGAUGACUGGGAACUCCUAGGCAUGAAAUGGCGGGGACUGUAUUUUUUCGAUCGUGUUCUUCCCUUCGGCCUUCGCAGUGCACCAUGGACCGCUUCAAACAAUUAG